UCCGCCAUCGGAGAUAGACGAGUUUGCGACUGCCUUCUUCAAAGUCAACUAGAAUUGAAUCGAGUAACAAACCCUGCUAAAUCAUGCGUCUUUUGCGUUUAGCAUUCUUACCCGUCUUGGCUUUGUGCUUGGGAAAUCCCGCUACUGUUGAUAAUUUCGCUGGACUCUUGCUGGAUUAUCGUAACUCGUUCUUCUCGUAUGAACAGAAAGGACUCGAUACUUGCCCAUUUACAUAUUUUCGGCAAUCGUGCAAUGAUUUUGCGCAUGUCGUUACCAUCGAAACAAGCAGUGGCGCUGAUAGCGCAACACAACCAACCACGUUCUGCAUUGGCGUAAUUUUCAAUGAGCAGUUUGUGUUAACAAAGGCCAACUGUGUUCCGAUCACUGACGACAAGAUGCAUAACAUAAAGCUUCGAACGCAUGGUGAUGAAUCUAUUGCCGUAAGAUCAGUCCAUCGACAUCCCGAUUACCGAUCCUCAGAUUUCAGUCAUAAUAUCGCACUGCUGAAGCUCAACAACACUUUGGCUUUUAACACUCAACUAGUGGCCAGUUGCUUAAGGGUUACGAACUCGGUAGACUUGUACGCUAAAGUUCAGGAAAUUGGUUUCGAUAACAUAAUUAAAUCCGUUGAACAAAAUACAACCAUUUGCUCUGGGCCCAAAAGGAAUGAAUGUUUGAAGGAAGCUUCUCAGCAGUGGUGUAAAAAGAGAUCUCCUAUAGGAUUCUUGCAAAUCCGAGAGCUGGGAAAAUAUAAAAUGCAUCCUCUUCUGAGCAGUUUAGAUUGCCAUGAUGGGAAAAUUGUCCCCAUAUCCGAUUAUUUACCAUGGAUUCAAGAAGUUACCAAAAGUGCUCGUUUGGAGUACAAUCUUACAGAUAUAGGUUUUGGUGAACGAUGUGUAAAUAGUCAAGACGAGUUUGGAGUUUGUAUGCACAUUGAGGAAUGUCCACAGACGCUGAAAAACAUCAAAGUUCUGCAGAAAAAUAAUUCUCUGCGUACAUGUGGCUUCGAUGGAAGCAAUCCACUGACGUGCUGCGUAACGAGUGAUAUGUUGAAGGGCUCUAGUUCGGAAGUUGUUUUUCGCGACAUUGUUCAGCAAAUAGAGAACUGUGAACAGCUGUAUGAUGAAUUUCGAAGAACUCCGGAAGAACAUCAGCUACAUUCUUAUGUGGCCGUCAUUGAUCAGCAGGACUCAAUCAAUUGCAGCGCAACACUUAUCGCAACCCGCUUCCUGGUCACAUCGGCACAAUGUGUCCUGAACGCUGAUCCCAAAUCUGCUUCCGUAUGGACAGGUUCGGCUAUCGAGAACGCGGCACGCAAAAUGGAAAUUAGUUCUAUCAUAAUUCACCCGAAAUUCAUUCCUUCGUCCAAUCUCAACAAUGUUGCCAUUAUCAAACUGAUGCAUCCAGUUACGGUCGACCCAUUUAACGUUCCGGCAUGCCUGUGGAAGCAGAAAUCUAAACUUCCCACUACUCUCAAUGUGGUCCACUUCAGUGAGCCUGAGGCACAGUAUUCCAAAACCGUGGCGAAUCCUUUGUACUACAACGAUUGCCGAAUGAUGCACAAUUCGCAUCUGAUUCCAUCGGAAAUUUGCGUAGAGCAUGUAGCUUCCAAUCAGUGCGAUCCCAAGGAGGAUAGCACAGGUUUGUGCCAACGACCCGGAAGUGGUCUCUACGCAAACAUCUACACCGGCGAUGAAUUCAAACCUGUUUCAUAUGUCGUCGGACUGUACAGCAAAGGAUUCAAGUGCGAUAAGCUAGGGCCGGCCAUCUACACUCGGAUCAGCGAAUACUAUGAAUGGAUAAAAAGUGUUGUCUAUUUGAGUGCUCAAGAAUAA